CCUGGAUGUUGUGACACUUUGCAGCCAUGCUGAUGCUGCUGCUGCUCCUGCUGCUCUGCCUGCAAACUUCACUGCAACAACAGACUCCUCCUCCUGGUCGCUGUGAUAUCUCACAGAGGGUGGACAUGCACACCUCCUGCACCUCUUGUGCCGCCGUCAGCAGCUGCCCCCACGGCUUCAGCAGGGGGGGCACGACCAACUGCAGUUACGUGGUGGAGAUCGGCGGCAGAGAGAUGACGUUGGAUGGAUGUCAGCACAUCUGUGCGAAGGGGUUCAUGCAGCCACAAUGCUGCCCAGGUCACUGGGGACCUCUUUGUCUCUCCUGUCCCAGCUGGUCGGGGAAGACCUGUAACUUCCACGGAACCUGUUUCGAUGGAGACCUCGGCAAUGGGACCUGCAUCUGUGAUGACGGCUUCUCUGGUUUUGCCUGUCAGGAGUGUAAGAAUCAGAAGGUCUUUGGAGAAAAGUGCGAUAAAGAGUGUGACUGUGCACAUGGACUGUGCAAUAAAGGUCCAGAAGGUGAUGGAGAGUGUUUGUGUCAGCCGCCGUACACCGGGAAGCGCUGUGACCAAGUGUCUAGCAGGUGCAGUAACUGCAGCCCCUACUCGUACUGCAAAGGAGUGGCCGCCGACUGUGAAUGUUUGCCCGGAUACAGGAGGACGGCGCAGGGAAAAUGCGCAAGUAUUUGCUCACCGAGGGAUUGUGACGUCAACGCCCAGUGCUCCUCGCAGGGGUCAAGGGUCACCUGCGUCUGUAAGCCGGACUACCAGGGCGACGGCAGAAUCUGCGUACCCAGAAACCUUUGCUCCGAGAACAACGGCGGGUGUCCCAUCAACUCGACCGUCUGUGUCUUUAAAGGACCCAACAAGUCCAGCUGCGAGUGCAUGUUCGGCAUGUCCCCUGUAGGUGGCAGCGCUGAGUUUGGCUGUCAGCUGGUCUCUGCCUGCUCAGCGGACACCUGCGACCCCACAGCCGUCUGUCAGACUGAACUGGAUGGACAUCCCAGGUGCGCGUGUGAGGCGGGUGAGAUUGGUGACGGACACCGUUGCUAUGGUACCCUGAUGGAGCGGCUGAUAGAGCUGGACAGGAGUGGGAGCCAGAGAGAAAAUCUGACCGGAGCCGUCGCCAUGUUUGAGAAGGGCUGUGCAAUGCUGCUGAGUCACAACGGACCCUUCACAGCGUUCAUCCCCGUGUUGAAAACACCUCUGACUGGUGUUAAUGAGGAGCUGGUGUGUAAAAACCACCUGAUCCUGGGCCAGCACCUCUACAAGGAUCUGGAGGGACGCGAUUUCCACCUGUACGGAGGAUCCAGGUGGAGGAGCAAAAACAACAAGAGGUUCAUCCUGAUGGAAAACCCCAGCAGACUGUACAACGUCAUCCAGGAAGACCUGCCGGCAGCCAAUGGGAUCAUCCACAUCAUCGACCGGCCAAUCACAAACACACGUUCUGACAAGUCUCCUCGUGAUGAACAGUUUGCUGAAAUGACGAUCGGAGAGAUUCUGACUAAGGAUGACAAAUUCAACCGCUUCCUGUCGCUGGUUGAUAACUGCGGGUCACCACCCCCCUUGCGGGGUCCCGGUCCCCUGACUGUGUUCGUCCCCACCAACGAGGCUGUGGACAAAUCCAGAGACGGCAGCAUCUUGUACAUGCUGCACGAAGACAAAUAUAAGCUUCAGGAACUUCUCAGACACCACGUUUUCUCCCAGGCGGAGGUGUCCGUCGACGAGUUAACGGUUCUCGCGCAGUUUCAGACGAUGGCCAAUCAGAUUGUCACCAUCACUGUGUCUAAUGAUGGUGAGAUCCUACUGGGCGAAAAGGGCGUCCAUCUGCAUCUGACGAGCACGAACAUCGUGGCGUCCAACGGGAUCAUCCACAUGAUUGACGGGCUUCUGUACCCGCCCUCCAUCCUCCCCAUCCUGCCGCACCGCUGCGACGUCAUCGAGAGCAAAAUCGUCGUGAGUCCAUGUGUUCACUGCAGUUACCUCUAUGAGACUGCAUGUCCAGACGGCACCACUGAAAUGGCCAGUCAUCAGAUCGGCUGCGAUUACGUCACGUCUCCCCUCCGGCCGACGCUCAGCAAAGGCUGCGCCAAGUUCUGCAACGCCACCAAAAAGGUCGCACAGUGCUGUAAAGGUUUCUAUGGUCCCGACUGUAAACCCUGUAUCGGAGGAUUCCAGCAUCCCUGCUACGACAAAGGAACGUGUUUUGACGGGAUCCAUGGCAACGGCUCGUGCAGCUGUCAGCCAGGCCUCAAGGGUGUCGCCUGCCACAUCUGUGCGGAUCCAUCCAAGCACGGAGAACGCUGUGAUGAAGAGUGUCGCUGUGUCCACGGCGUGUGCGACAACCGUCCGGGCAGCGGCGGCGUGUGUCGGAGAGGAUCCUGUAUGGACGGGUACUCCGGAGACAGCUGUGACAAGACGGCCACGCCCUGCAACUCCGACGGCCUGCAGGAGCACUGUCACAUCCACGCAUACUGCACACACGCGGGCCUGCACACCACGUGCUUGUGUCGGGAUGGAUACGAGGGUGACGGUCACUCCUGUUCCCUCGUCAAUCCCUGCCUGAAGAGCAACCGUGGGGGCUGCCACUCCAACGCAGAGUGUGUGUUUGUGGGUCCAGGUAACACGGCGUGUUUGUGUAUAGAGGGUUGGACAGGUGACGGCAGAGUGUGUGUGGAGAUCAACAACUGUCAGCUGGAGAGUCGAGGAGGCUGCAGCCUCGACGCCGACUGCAACCACAUCGGACCUGGACAGAGUGAGUGUGUUUGUAAAACAGGUUACAUGGGGAACGGUAUUUUGUGCGACCUCAUUAACCCCUGCCUCAAGAAGAACGGAGGCUGCCACGACCUGGCGCACUGUGAGGUCUCUAAGGAGGGCGGGGCUCACACCUGUACCUGUCCUGACGGCUACGCUGGAGAUGGAUCCAUCUGCUUCGGGUCACUACUGGAGGAGCUGGACAUGAACCCGAAGAUGUACAGUUUCUACCGGAUGACUCAGAAAUACAGUCACAUCUCUGAGGACCUGGACGGGAACUUCACAGUGUUGGUUCCGACCAGAGAAGCCAUUAGGAACAUGAGUGCAGAUCAGGACUCGUUCUGGAACGGCAGACACCACCUGCCUCACUUCUUGCGAGCCCACAUCGUACUGGGGGUCUACUCGAUGGAAGACCUGGACAGGAUGGUGGGCAGCAGGCUGCCAACCAUGAACCCCUUCACCAACUGGGAGAUCAGCAACAACAGCGGGGUGAUCCACAUUGGAAACGCCUCCAUCCUCGCACACAACCUGCCCGCCAUCAAUGGCUACAUCCACAUCAUAGACCGGAUUCUGGCUCCAUCCCGCUCACACCUCCCCCCCGAGCCCCCCACCCUGAUGGCCUUCCUCAACUCCUCCUCCACCUUCACUCUGUUCAGACGGCACGCUCUGUUGUACAAUCUGUCAGAUGAUCUGAGUGUGUUUGAUUUCACGCUCCUGCUGCCAACAGAUGAUGCCAUCCGGCAGCACCUCAGCAGGACUAACUCCUCCCUCCUGGACCCCGAUGUGUUCAGGUACCACGUGAUCCUCAACGAGCUGCUCUUCCCCGACCACCUGUCUGACGGCACGUUGAAAAGCACCCUGCUGGGCAGCGAUUACCAGGUCCAGUUCCACUUAAACGACUACAACCAGACGGCCGUGAACGACGUUCCUCUUAACGGCACUUUCACCGAGACGCAGAACGGCGUCAUCAUCGUCCUCCCUCGGGUCCUGAAAACCCGACGCAACAAAUGCAGCAAACAGGUCAACCUGCAGGUCAACGGACGGUGCUCAGACUGCGAGGGACCGCCUCGAUGCCUCUUCAGCUACAAACCGAUCAAAGAGCAGUUUCCGGCCAACAUGCGAUCCAACUGUAAAUUCAGGAAGCGAGUUGGAUUCAGGAGGAAGUCGAUGCCAGGCUGUGUCAUCAAAUGUCUUCGGUUAACCACGGAUCACUCCUGUUGCCCCGGUUACUACGGCCACGAGUGCUUCAAAUGCCCCGGAGGCGUCGGCAGCUGGUGCUCCAAUCACGGGGAGUGUCAGGACGGUAACCACGGCAACGGGGAGUGCCGUUGCUUUGAGGGUUUCCACGGCACCGCGUGCGAGGACUGUGAGCCGGGACGAUACGGAGUCAACUGCUCCUCCAAGUGUGUGUGUAACCACGGGAAGUGUGAGGACGGUCUGGCAAGAAGUGGCAGGUGUGUUUGUUACAAAGGUUGGAAAGGAGCUUCCUGCUCUAUAGAGAUCAAGGAUGAUGCCUGUGGAGGUGUGUGUGACGAGAACGCCAACUGUAUAACAGGACCAAAGGGCACAGCUGCUGCCUGUGUGUGUGUGGCUGGAUAUGAAGGCAAUGGAACUUACUGCAAAGAGAUGGAUUUGUGCAGCAGGUCCAACGGUGGAUGUUCAGAGUUUUCCGUUUGCUUGAGGGUCUCAGCAGGAGAGAGGACCUGUACCUGUGGAGAGGGGUACAUUGGAGACGGGGUCGUCUGCCUGGAGAUUGACGGUUGUCUGGUCAACAAUGGAGGCUGCCACAAGUCAGCAGAUUGCACCCGAACGGGCCCCAACACGACGGCCUGCAGUUGUCGGCUUGGCUUUCAAGGACCAGGGAGGGUCUGUUUCCCCGUCAACCCCUGCAGAACUAGAAAUGGCGGCUGCAGUGCGCAUGCUCGCUGCGAGUACAUGGGUCAGGGUCAGAGGAACUGCACCUGCUACAGAGGCCACGUGGGCGAUGGCUUCAAUUGCCGGGGAAACACCAACAAUGAGGUGUUCCGCAAAACCGAGAACGUCUUCUUCCGUCGAAUGUUAUCUAACUCAGGCACUCGUGGUUUUCAGGGCGACGGACCGUUUACCGUCUUCGUCCCUGUAGAGGAAACCAACAAAAACUCCAUUGUUGAUGAAUGGGAGCAGUCCGGUCGUCUCGCUGACCUGGUUCGUUACCACAUCGUUUCCUGUGAGGUUUUGACCUUGAGUGACCUCAAAACCAGCAAACUCGCUGUCGCUAUGUCAGGACACAAACUGCACUUCAGCCUGCUGCAGGGUUCAGUCUGGGUCAACAACCGCUCGAGGAUCGUGAAGAGUGACUACACGACUUCUAACGGAGUCAUCCACCACAUCGACACGCUGCUGACGCCCUACAGGCUGCAGGACAAACCGAGCUUCCAGUCCAAGGUGAUGAACUUCACGUCAGCAGCUGAGUUUUAUGGCUACAGCCGCUUCUACAAACUUGUGGAGGAUGUGGGGUUACUCCCCAUGCUCCAGAUGUCCAUCCAUCAGCCGUUUACCAUGUUCUGGCCCACAGACGAGGCCCUCAACUCCAUGCCGGCUGAAAGACAGCAAUGGCUCUCCAGCCCCGACCACCGAGACCAAGUGGCUUCCUUAGUGAAGGCUCACAUCAUACGCAACGCUAGGUUGUUGGGUGUCGCUCAGCCGGAAAAAUACUCAUCAUUCCGCACCAUGCACGGAUCCACCAUCAAGUACCACUGUGACAAGACCCUGGUGGGGGCUGUAUGGCUUAAUGAGAAUGCAGCCAGGGUAGUGGAGCGCUACCUGAACUUCAAAGAGGGCAUUGCCUACGGCAUCGACCAGGUACUGGAACCACCGGGCAUUGGAGCGUUCUGUGACAACCUGGAGAACAAAACCACUGCGGCUCGCUGUGGACGCUGCACCUUCCCUCCAACCUGCCACUCCAGACACCAAGACACGGGAAAGACGGAGUCUUGCUUCAACAGGUCCCCCCCGAUCGGGCGGCGCCACUCACAUUGGUACCCCUUGGACAAUCCUUUCAGCAUGAUGGGCUGUAAGAGAGUAUGUCAGUUUUCUUCCUGGGUCAAAAAGUGCUGCAAAAACCACUACGGCCGAGACUGUCAAGUUUGUCCAGGUGGCCUGGAGGCCCCUUGUAGUAACCACGGUUACUGCGACGAUGGCAUGCAGGGUUCAGGAAGAUGUAGAUGCUUCAAAGGCUUCAUCGGCAAAGCCUGCGAACUGUGUGCCGUGUCCAGCUACGGCCCCAACUGCACAGGCUGCAACUGCGGGCAGCACGGAAGGUGUGAUGGAGGCAUGGAAGGUUCCGGAAAGUGUUUCUGUAACUCCGGCUGGCAAGGCGACGACUGCCAGAUCAACAUCGGUGAGUUUAAGCACCUGAUUGCAAUCAAUGAAACCUUGAUCCCAGAGGAGUGCCGGCGGUGCCACGCUCAGGCCGACUGUGUGCCGGGUUCUGGUUGUCAGUGCAAACCCGGGUUCCAGGGCAACGGCACCUUCUGCGACCCAGAGCCACCUCCAGACCUCUGCUCAGAGUACAACGGCGGCUGUCACCAAAACGCAGACUGUAACCAGACGGCGCUGCUCGUCAACUGCACCUGUCACAGUGGUUACCAAGGAGACGGCUACUCUUGCGAGCCCAUCAACAGGUGUACCGAAGAGCAGAACGGCGGCUGCAGCGACUUUGCCUCCUGCAAGUUCACCGGUCCAAACGAGCGUCAGUGCGAGUGCCUGCCGGGGUUCUUGGGUACCGGAGUCCAGUGUCUGGAGAAGGUGGUGCCCCCCGUUGACCGCUGCCUGGAGGACAACGGAGGCUGCGACCCCGCGGCCAUCUGCAAGGACCUGCAUUACCAUGCCAACACGGCGGGAGUCUUCAACCUGCGCUCUCCAGACGGGAAGUACAAGAUGAACUUCAGUCAGGCCGACGCCGCCUGCCAGGCCGAGGGCGCCACGCUGGUCAACUUUAAACAGCUCGGAGACGCACAGCAGCUGGGGAUGCACCUGUGCGUGGCCGGCUGGAUGGAGGGGGGCAUGGUGGGGUACCCGACCCGCUUCCCCUCCCUCAAGUGCGGAGACAACCACGUGGGCCUGGUGAUCUACAAAGAGCCCGUGGACCAGAGCAGCAAGUACGACGCCUACUGCUACAGGCUCAGAGAUGUUUCGUGUGUGUGUCCUGCCGGUUACAUUGGAAACGGAGAUUUCUGUAACGGCGUCCUGACCAGCGUCCUCGCAACGUCCAGCAACUUCUCCAUCUUUUACAAGUUGUUGUUGGACUACAGCGGCCGGUCCUCGGAGGGCAAACAGCUCGUUCAGUUCAUGUCUCACAGGAAGUCCGAGCUCACGCUGUUUGUUCCUCACAACGCCGGCUUCGGUGCAAACCAGACUCUUUCUGGGAGAGAUCUCGAGUAUCACGUGUCGACCAAUCACAGCAUUCGACCAUUUAAAGAUCUGAGACACCAGGAAGUCAUCGUAUCCAGGCUCGGAUUCAACCUGACUGUCACCCACGGCAACAACGAGAACUCUAAGCUGGUGAACCGGCGGAUGCUGUUGGAGUGGGACAUUCCUGCUGCGAACGGGAUCAUCCAUGUGAUCGAGGGCCCGCUGACGGCCCCCCCCGCACCGAUCCCCCAUCACGCUUCCCGAGGCCACGCCCACUCAAGCGGCACAGUGUCGGCCAUCUUGGUGUCGGUGUUGCUGGCGUGUGUGUUGGCUGCACUCGGCUACUACGUCUUCAAGCACAAGACGGACGCCUUCCGCUUCCACUACUUUAGGGACGAGGACGAGGACGGUGCGCCGGGCGGCCGGACGAAGCCCACGCUGGUCUCCAUUCCCAACCCGCUGUACAGCGGCUCCAGAGCCUUCAGCGAGCCGUUUGGGGACGCCGGUCCGGGGAUGGAGCCAGAAGAACCGGAAGAGCCUCCAAAGAUUCUGGACCUGGACCAGUAGAACUGGAGCGGUCUGUUUACAUACCACAAUAACCCGUUGGCUGUAACCUUGCUCAGCUUUUUCUCAGAUCGUCUGUAUCCAAAUAAGAAAUAAAAGUCAGUUAACUUAA